CGGUGCUAAGACAAUGCACCACGCCACUGACAAGAGUCGACUCACUCAUCCGUCCAUGCCGCUGGCGCCAACUUCCGUCACUCCCUCGUCCGUCCUGCGCCGACUUCCUCCAGGCUGCACGCACACUUGUUCCUUCAACAGUGCGACCUGAAAGUGAACCUUGUUCCGUGCCUCCUGCAGCUCGAGCUGAACAGCCGCCAACACACACACACACACACACACAAACUCGCGCGCACACAGCCCCUGCUACAUUAUUCAUUACCUUCGUACCUACCUACCUACUUAGUACCUACGAAGCGAGCAGCACCUGGCAGUCUCCUCUCGGCAAACAAGAAAAGACCCCUCCGCCCGCUGACUACAAGUACGAAGUCCGGCCAGGUGCCAGACGGUCCCCUCCGCCGUCCACCUUAAUUACUCGCCGGCCAGAGAAGAAGCGUCACUCACUGCCCGACUGGCGCCAAUCCAAAGGAGCGGUUGCGUCAACGGCCAUGCGGCACCUUGCCAAUGCCAGCAUUAGCAGCAGCCCGCCCUAUCCUGUACUCGCACGUUUCGCUCCUCGACCACCAUAUUUAGUCCAGGCUGCCCAUUGCGUCCCACGACGGUGAUCGCUCAUCGUCGCCCGCCAAGGUAGGCAGCUCGCAACGCAAACCCCCCACCUGCCGACGACGACAUCCAUCUCAUUUGGCCGAUGGCUCCGACAGUCCUCGACCGCCGCCACCACCACCACCACCACCACCACCACCACCACCACCACCGUCCCCGCUACGACGACAUUUCGCUGCCUCAGCGUCCCGGCUCCCUCUGAGCCCUGACUCUGAAUCCUCUGGCCCGACAGCGACAGUGACGGCGACGGCGACGAUCUUUGGAAACGAGUCGGCCCGCCCCCGUCGCUUCCAUCCGUGCGGUCCUCGGGUUGGCUUCGGCCUGCCCUCGCUCGCUCGCUCGCUCGCCCGCCUUUCAUCGCCAUCGCCACCUUCACCGCCCGUCCCCCCAUCGUCGCAUCGCUUCCACCCACAGUGCUGUCCCGCGCCCUCGCAUCGCACCCGCACGCACGCGAGUCCCGCCCUUGACGCCAUGGCCUCCAGGCCCGGGUCGAGCUCCGGCUCGGGCUCCAACCGCCAGCAUGCCCGAAGCUCUCAAGAAGACUUCCCUCCGCUGCCCCCUUCAGGAUUACCUCCCAUCCGACUCGUACGGUCGCCCAUCGGUUCUCCCGCCCCAGCCGCGACUCGCCCGCAGACCCUCUUCUGGUCAGCGGCCGCCCGCCGCGCCGAGCGCAUCCGUAAUCUCGACGACUUGCCGUCCGCCCUCGACGACCUCGACGAACCCAUGGACCACCCAUGGCUGGGCCCGUCGCGCCGCAGCUCUCGCCUGCGCGCCGCCGACCAUCGCCGCCCCAACUUUGACGAGCUCGACCAGACGCUCGACGAGGCCAACUCCCAGCUCAGAUCCCUGUUAGACAUGACCAACCACAUAAACCUCAUGACGCCGCUCAUGCGCGACAGCUUCUCGCCAACGCUGCGGCCUCACGACUUUGCCGAUGACGCCCGUCGCAGCAAGCGCAGGAAAAUCGACGCCGAUAGGCUCGUGCCUAGCUUCAAGGGCUUUCGCUACGGCAAGUAUGGCCAGGUUGAGCCGGGCCAGUUGCAUAUGGAGAUUGUGAGCUGCGAUGGCGGCAUGUUCUCCAACGAGUCGUCGUAUGCCGCCGAAAACAUACUCCGCAACGACAACUCGGUGUAUUGCACCAAGGGGAACCGCUGCAACAUUGUCCUGCGGCACCAAGGAGCCACAGUCUUCACCCUCCGAGAGGUGGUCAUCAAGGCCCCCGGCUCCAUGAAUUACUCACAUCCAGUGCGGGAAGGCAUGGUGUUUGUCGCCAUGAACCAAGACGACUUGCUCAGCCGGACCGCACAGUAUCAGAUACAGUAUGCGCCUACAGCGCGAGGUGAUCCAUGGUACGGCCACGACGACGAUCGACAUCCCCUUGACCGAGACGCGCGGCGCAUCGUAUCAAUCAGGCAUCACGAUGACGGCACUACCAGCAUGCGCGCGCGGAGGUCCUACAUCUACCGUGGCGACGACGACGACGAAGUCGAAGACCAUCGCAUGCCUCAGAUGCCUGAGGAGUUUACGCAGAAUCAACCCGAUUUUCGCGUGACGACGGAGUGCAGCGAGGACGACUACGAGACACCGUCACUGCACCUGCGCCCCCCCAACCGGAUUGGGUCACUGCCUUUCGAAACGCCAGAUUCCGACUCCGAGGACCCCAGUAAUCCGUUUGGGUCGGAUGAUUUCUUUGACGAGUCGCAACCGCCGCACCGCCCUCAGCACCGCCCUGCCCGCCAUGUCGGGGGCGACGGCCACCGAGAUCGGCUGGUGGACCUAUCUCUUGCUGAAGCCUGGGAUGCCCACGCCAAUGCGACACAGGAGGCUGUCCGCGCCGUUGGCGGCGAGCUGCUCGCCCCGCACGCGCGCUUCUACAUCGAGAAGAAGAAGUGCAAGUGCACCAUCCGGUUCGACCCUCCCGUAUCGGGCCGCUUCAUCCUCCUCAAGAUGUGGAGCUCCCAGCACGACUCGUCGGGCAACAUUGACAUCCAGUCGGUAAUAGCCCGCGGGUUCGCCGGUCCACGCUACUUUCCCUCGGUCGAGCUCCGCUGAUAUCCGCCCCUCGUCCUAUAAACCGUGGGAAAAUCCCUUUUUUUUUUGAGCCUCUCUAGUAGGCAGGGAGUUGUUGCAAGAAAUCUGGCGUUCUGGAUGAUAUGGUACUUUGGGGAGCAAGGGCGGGCGGCCUGCGCAACGUGGUAUAGAUGACGCAUGCAUGUGGGCAACAACGGCCUGCAAUGAGGUUUUUUUGGGGGCAGUGUAGGCUGCAUCCUACCGGGCCUUCGGCGCCCGGCCUGGCUAGAUAGGCGUCCAACAUUUUGCUCGCUUCGAAUAGAUGCAUGGGGUGGGUGGCGGGCCUUCAUGAUGAACCCAUUCAUUACCCCUUGACUGCCUUGUUGUUACGUUUCCGGGAGAAAAGCCGCCUUGGAGCAGACGUGGCGUUGGCAUGACCGGGUGUCUCGAUCUGUACUUCGUUCAGACGAGCAAAAAACGAUUAUGCAUCCGUUUCUUUGGAUCGUCGUUGCUCUGGCUGCACCGGUGCAGCCGUGUGUAGCCGACCCGCACUGACGUAUGCGUGCGACGACAAAGAGUGUACUUGGGACAGACUCAAUAGGCGAAAGUAUCACCGCAAGCACUACACGAGAUGGCAAGGAGAGCGUGUGGCGAAGCUUAUAGAGUAUUAA